UGAUAUUGAGCUAUUCGUUUGAACAGAAUAAAAGAUUGAGACAUGAGAAAUUCAUCAAUGUCUGUCGAGGCAUUCCGUCUAAAAAUCUCGACGAAGUGUUCGUUAAAGGAACUAAAACUCCAAAAAAGUGCCAACCAAAUUUACUUACGAGCUUGGCGAAGAAAAAGUUUUACUCUCUAUGCUCCAACAAACGUUUCGAAGACUCGGUAUUUGCCAAGAACUUGAAAGAUAGCGGCGAGUGUCCUUCAGAGUACGGCGAAACAAGUGCGGAAGCUCUAGUCGAGUGGACGAAGCGAUCACAGGUAAAAGUGUAUCCCGGCAACAUGCAAGUGCUAUCGGGUCACUUCGACCCCCGCGACAUGUGGAUGUGUGGAGUGCAGUAUGCCUGUCUGAACAUGCAGACUACAGACUACUAUUUCAUAUUCAACCAGGCAAUGUUUGCGAGGAAUGGAGGCUGUGGAUUUUUACUGAAGCCAUACUACCUCAGACCUAAAAAUGGAACUUUCUUCAACCCUUUGACCUUGGAGAUGAGAAACAAGGAGACGCUAGAACGGGAGAUUCUCAAAAAACGAUACCUCAAAGUGCACAUCCUGGGAGGCGCUCACUUGCCACGAAAAACGAAAGACAAUGGAAAGUUUUGUGGUGAUAUGGUCGAUGUAUUUGUCAAGGUCUCUCUCUUUGACAAGAUCGGAAAGGCCAAGUGCCAGAGUUUUAAGACUCAGAUCAUAAAAGACAACGGUUUCAACCCAGUGUGGAAUGAGAAGGCCAACUUCAUCGUAGACUGUCCCGAACUGGCCUUCGUCCUGUUCGAGGUCAUCGACAAAGACCUGGAUGCAGAUGAUCUAGUUGGCAUCAACUGCAUACACUUCCUAGCACUCCAGAAUGGAUAUGUGACAGUUCCGUUGCACGAUCAUAAUUACAGUCUGCUUCCGUAUGCUUCUCUAUUUGUGCGAGUUUCUAUUUCAACUUAGCCUGAAUGGACAGAUGGUGAAAUAAUGGCAACGAAGGUCAACCAAGGUCAUUUAAGAAUGAUGUUGUGCGUUCGUUUUUG